AGUCGUCGUGGGGGCCGCUGACGGCCGGAGCGGGAGGUUGGAUCUGUCUGGCCUUUGGCCCUUCAUCCUUGGCUAAAGAAAUGACCAACCAGUACAGUAUUCUCUUCAAACAAGAGCAAGCCCAUGACGAUGCCAUUUGGUCAGUGGCCUGGGGGACAAACAAGAAAGAGAACUCUGAGACAGUGGUCACGGGGUCCCUGGAUGACCUGGUGAAGGUCUGGAAAUGGCGUGAUGAGCGGCUGGACCUGCAGUGGAGUCUGGAGGGACACCAGCUGGGCGUGGUGUCUGUGGACAUCAGCCACACCCUGCCCAUCGCCGCAUCCAGCUCCCUCGACGCUCACAUCCGUCUCUGGGACCUGGAGAACGGCAAACAGAUCAAGUCUAUCGAUGCAGGACCGGUGGAUGCCUGGACUUUGGCCUUUUCUCCUGACUCCCAGUAUCUGGCCACGGGAACUCAUGUGGGGAAAGUGAACAUUUUUGGUGUGGAGAGUGGGAAAAAGGAAUAUUCUUUGGACACGAGAGGAAAAUUCAUUCUCAGCAUUGCAUACAGCCCUGAUGGGAAGUAUCUGGCCAGCGGAGCCAUCGACGGCAUCAUCAACAUCUUCGAUAUUGCGACUGGAAAGCUGCUGCACACGCUGGAAGGCCAUGCGAUGCCCAUUCGCUCCUUGACCUUUUCCCCGGAUUCUCAGCUGCUCGUCACUGCUUCAGAUGACGGCUACAUCAAGAUCUAUGACGUACAACACGCCAACUUAGCUGGCACUCUGAGUGGCCACGCGUCCUGGGUGCUGAAUGUGGCAUUUUGUCCUGACGACACUCACUUUGUUUCCAGUUCAUCUGACAAAAGUGUGAAAGUCUGGGAUGUUGGAACCAGGACUUGCGUUCACACCUUCUUCGAUCACCAGGACCAGGUCUGGGGAGUAAAAUACAAUGGAAAUGGCUCAAAAAUUGUGUCUGUCGGAGAUGAUCAGGAAAUUCACAUCUAUGACUGUCCAAUUUAAACGUCCAAGUCUUCCACCCUGAAGCUGCAGAGAAAAUGUGCAGACUGAACAUAACAUUCCUUAUCUUUCUAGUUUGUUUAAAAGAAACACAGCAUUUAUUAUAGCAGGAACUUAAACUUUGUAGAUGCCAUAUAAACCUCUUCAUAUUUUACUGGAAAUGCUGUUCCUACUUUAACAUAAAGCAUUCUUAAUGCAAA